AUGAGUGUUGAGCCAACAGGGACAGACUCGGCCAAGGGAGUCCCACAGGAUAAUGAUGAUACCACGCACCAGUCCAAUGUUUCUUCUGCUAUUGCUGCUGCUACUACUAUUACUCCACAACCUGUUCCCAUAAAGUCAAAAUCAACCUCAAACUUACCCACAAUGUUGGAUUCAAAACCCCUUGCAAUUCCUGAAACCGAUGUCAUGUCAAGUGUGACAACACCUAUUCAUCCAUUACAUUCUCACCACGGUUGUAAUUUGAUAGAUUUGGAUCAAGAAGAGUUGAACAUCCCCUUGAUUACUCCUCCUCCACAUCAGCACCCUCAGUCGGUCCAUAGCAUCAUACCACCACUACCAACUCAAGAUACUUAUUCCCCCAUUGGUCAUGUAAUUUUACGGUACUUGGAACGAUGGAUACUAGAGCUAAUUGAAAGACAUAGAAAUGGGCCUUAUUUUUACCCCAUUGCCAUUACACUAGCAAUCAUUGUUGUUGUAUUAGUAUUGAUACUUGUAUUCUCGGGUAAUUUCAAUGCAUUAGUGAGGAUUUUGCGACACUUGAUUUGUGAGUUGAUUCAACUGGUUAAACCUUCAUCUACAGUGCAAUUUUGUGUGUAA